GUUGACAUUUGUCAGGUCAAUAAAAAUGAAAUUGCUACUUCUUGGACAGAUAUUACUGGAACAUUGGUACAACAAUGUCCAUUUGUCUAAUUUUACUGUUUUUUCAGUUAUACAUUCAAAUUAAAGGUGCAGAUGUGAAUGCUGACAUAAAAGGAUACGACCUUCUUUAUGAAAAAUAUGAGUUGUUAGAGGCAGAGACUGAUAAGUGUAUGGCAACUGAUGGAACUCCUUACAUAACAUCUUUGUUUAAUGAAAUAUGCAAAUUAUAUUUAACAAAUCAAGUACCCGUACUUUUAUAUGAUAAUGACUAUUCAGUCAACUUAAAAUUUCAAAGGAUAUUAAAUCGAUUUCUGAAGAUCUACCCUAAAAGUUUAAGACAUGGUUUAAUCAACGUGACAAAGGCUGUUCCACAAGUUCCAAAUGGUAUUCUGGAUCCAGGACAAAACGAGCAGCUAGCUUUUAUCAUAUUCAGUAAAGAAAUCGAAAUAGGUGCACUCGCGAUAGUCGACAAAGUCGAGAUAGUAACGAAAACCAUCUUUAUUCCAAAAUCAUCUUUAUACCAAAUAAAAGAGUUCCUUACGAGGGAUAUCGCUCGCAAGUUCCAUAACAUUUUGGUGCUCGUCGAUCCGACUUUAAAAAUAGACAUUUACUUUCAGAAAAAAGGUCAAGUGCAUAAAGAGUGCGACAUAAAUAUGUACACUCACCAACUUGCUUCAGACUCUCUUGGCGGAAGCAAGGCGAUUAUUCUUACAUCUUGGAGGAGAAAUAAUUUUACAAGGAAUGUCAAUUUAUUCCCAGAUAAAUUCAAAACAGGGUUCAACGGUAUGCACAUGGUGGUAUCAACUUCUGAAAAUGCACCUUUUGUAUUUAAAUCAAAAGGCCAUGAUUCUGGAGAAGGGUACACCUUAAACAAAUGGGAUGGGUUAGAAGUCAGGAUUAUGAAUUUAAUAAGUCAAAUGCUGAAUUUUAGUGUGGAAUACAAGGAGCCGGAUAGUGACCCAAAAUAUGCCAAUUUAUCAUGGACUGAAAACUCUCUUAGGCAACUUGCAUUGAAACAAGUUGAUUACGCUAUUGGAGGAAUUUAUUUAACAGCAGAAAGAUACAAAUUAUUCACAUUUACGCAUCCAUACUCCCAAGAUUGUGCAUCUUUCAUCUCACUCGCAUCGACAGCUUUGCCAAAGUAUCGGGCGAUCAUGGGUCCCUUCCUCUGGGACGUCUGGCUGGCUUUAACUACCGUUUAUUUACUUGCAAUUUUCCCCAUCGCCUUCUCAGUCUGGCACACGGUGAAACCUUUGAUCGAAGACAUUUCCGAGUUGGAAAAUAUGUUUUGGUACGUUUUCGGAACGUUUACAAAUUGCUUUACUUUCACGGGACAAAAUUCAUGGACCCAUGCUUCAAAAACCGCAACAAGGAUAUUCAUAGGUUCAUACUGGGCUUUUACAAUUAUUAUCACAGCUUGUUACACAGGAUCUAUCAUCGCGUUUAUCACUUUGCCUGUAUUCCCAGAGGUGAUAGACUCAUCAAAACAACUAGUUGAAGAAGAGUAUAAAAUAAGUACAUUAGAAAAGGAUAUCUGGUUAGAACUUUUAACUGGUAGUGUUGACCCGGUAGCCCAUGAAUUGUACAAAGAGCUGGACUUUGUACCAAAUCUUAUUGAAGGGUUAAGAAACGUAACAAGAAACAUCCAUUCAGAGCACAAGUCUGCAUUUUUCGGCUCGAAAUAUCUCCUAGAAUACACUGUCAGAACAAAUUAUACUCCUGAGGAUUCCAAUAAAAGGCUACUGUUUCAUUUAAACAAAGAGUGUUUCGUCCCACUGUUUUUGGGAAUUGCCUUGCCCAAAAAAAGCAUGCAAGUGGAAAAAAUAAACCUGGCGUUAUCAAGACUGCUCCAGUCUGGCUUUAUGUUUAAAGUCAGCCGAGAAGUUGAGUGGGCAGUUAGCAAAAUGAGCACAGCCAAAUUACUUAAAGCGAGUAUGUCAAGUUUCCGCAUAGCACCUGAAGACCGAGAACUGACUCUAGAUGACACCCAAGGCAUGUUUCUUCUUCUUGGUGCUGGUUUCGCUAUAGCCAUAGCAGCCCUGAUGGCAGAAAUACUGGUAUGGUGUGUCAAAGAAUUCAAGCAAACAAAAUUCGGACAGCCUUCAUUGAAAGAACGCUCCUUGGCCAAAAUCAAACAGAACUUGGGCGAAAUAAAAAGGUGUCUUUUUGAUCCUAUAGACCAGCUUAAAAGGUCGUUUUACGAAUCGAGGGAAAGAAAUGUUUCAAGUUUAUUUGGUAGCGGUGUCUCGAUACCGGAACACCAAAAUGAAGCACUCUGGAUCAUAAACCUAAAACCACCUCAAGAAAAACCAAUCAGAUUAAGGAGUUUCUAAUUAUUUUUGAAUUAAUUAAUAUUGAAGCAUUAAUAUUGUAAUUUUGUAUCAAAUUAAUUACAAAAUCAGGGAUAAUUUGAAAGAAAAGAAAACACUCAGUCCUUUUGUCAUGACUUUGAAACUGUUAAUGUUAAUAUUGACAAUGUGCAUAAUAUACCCGGUUACCAGAAAAGUUAAUUAAGUUAAUUUGUUAAUUAUAUUAAGUUAAUUUAAUUUAAUCAAACAUUUGAUUUGAUUUAAUUUAAUCAAACGUUAAUCAAUAUUUCUAUUUGCAUAGGAGGAGUAGAUGUUUACAUCACAUCGUACUGAGUGUAAUUCUUCAGUUUAUUAAGAAAAAGUGUCUUGACAUUUCACUGUAAAUUAUAAAAUAUUAUCUUAACUUCAAAACCCAUAAUUCGUGUGUGCUUAUUGUAUGAAUUUAAGCUCAUGUACACUUAUGUAUAAAUUUGCACUGCAUUUGGUGAUGAAACAAUAAGUACAAACACACUGCUGAAAAUUGGUCCAAAAAGUUUGCUUCUGGGAGGAAAAGGAUGGAUCACGAUCUGGUAGAUCUGUCUUGCAUGACAACAAAUUGAGGGAAGCUGUUGAAAUUGAUCAGGAACUUGGUAGUGUUUAACGGAAGUGAUGAAACCAUUCACUCUAACUUACAUCGACUGGGGAAAAUGUGAAACAAAUGGGUUUCUCAUAGAUAUGGAAUCUGGACAAAUGGAUUUCUCAUAAAUUGAACAGUAAUAACGUAACAGACUUCCACGACUAAACAUUUGCCUUUUAUUACAAAAGAAGACUUUUUUGACUGGAUUAUCAUAUUUAACAAACAAAAAAAAAACAGAUCCUAACACUGGUAGGUUAUACCAUUGGUGGUCACCAAAUUGAUGCAAAAAACAAAUAUUUACCAACAAAAGGUUGUGUUGGUUGAGUUCAGCAGGCAUUGUGCACUCCAAACUCCUGCUAGGUCAUCACCGCAGAAAUCUACACAAGCCAACUACAAUGAGUGCCCCUUGGACCAGAAAUCACCUGUUCUUGUAAAUUCAAAAGGAGUUAAUUUUCACCAGGACAACAUGAGGUGACAAAGAGAUGAUAAUGAAGCUUGGUUGAGAAGUCUGAUCACACUCUACAUACUCUCCAGUCCUGGCCCCUUCUAACUUUCGCCUUUUUUUUAAACAAUGGUCAAUGAUAUGUACAAUUGCAAACACCUGGAAAAUGAGCUGAGUUUAUUUUUUAGGUCCCUGAACCCCAACUUUUAUCAGAAGGGCAUACUGAGCUAAUAACUCGGGUACAGGUUUACAGGUAGAUGCUUAUAGACAUUAUUUCACCCAAAUAAAAUAUCUCUAAACUAAUUUUAAUUAUUCGUAAUCAAAAGCUUGACAAAGCUUUUCUUUUCUUUCAAAUUGGUUUUAUCCCAGAGUUUCUAAUGAUCUUGCACUACAGUAUACAUGUUUUGUAGUAGAUCAUGUUAAUAUACAUGGAAUGCAGUGGCUGAUUGUUGCUAGCCUCUUGGUAUAAUUUUUUUUCUGUUGCAUCAUUCACUACAUGUGUAGAUAGUUGUUUGUAAAGCCAACUUGUAUGAUAAUUAAAUAAAACUAUGCAAUUAAAACAAAGAACCAAAUUAAAAAAAAAAA